AUGUCCUUUGGUUGUCACUUGUAUGUUAAAAUGUUUGAUGACUGCCACGCAAAUUUUAUGAUGUAUGCUGCAAAAUCGGGUGUUGCUGUUGUUUCUCAAAGGAAGUAUGUGUUGGACAUUUUCGAGGAAACUAACGAGUUGCGUUGUUUUUUGCAAAGGAAGUAUGCAUUAGACAUUAUUGAGGAAACUGACAUGUUACAUUGUAAAACUUUUGAGUCUCUUAUAGAUCCUAAUGUUGAACUUCUCAUAGGACAGGAGGGCCCAUUUACUCAUCUAAGAAGGUACCAGAGACUUGUUGGGCUUGGUUCAGAUGGUGAGCCUCCAUUAACCUUUACGAGGAAAGGAUUAUCUGUAGGAAGCACGGUUGCAUGUUUGACUUUUACAGUAAGAUGCUUUCUGCAUUCCCGCUGUCUGGACAUUGUUAUGGGAAUUGUAUCUUGUAGGGUUAAUUGGAAACAACUAAUUGUUAUGGAAACAAUUGAUAUUUUCUUUAACUAUUUCCGUCGCUUCUUCAAAAAUAUUUUCAGCCAUGCAGAGCAAAUUUCUCAGGCUAUGAUAGCUAGUUUGUUGUGCUUGUCAGUUGUCAUCUUAGCUGCUCUCAUGUCUGAGUACUACCUUGUCCAUUGA